UGACAGCUCGAGCUGCGUUUGAAAUUCCCGUGUUGCUAGGGGGCGCGAUGGUAUAGCGUUUCGCAUCAAGCUAGAACUCGUAGCUGCCUCUCCCUUCUACACGUUAGAUUUCACAUACAUAACAUUAGCGAAUUAAAGUCAUGUGAAUGAGAGGAAAGGGACCCGACCUAUUAUUUGACGACAAAGGACAUUCUGAAUUUUCAGAAAAUCCAGAACAUUUCUGCUCUGUUAGCUAGCUAUAGUAGCUGAGAGGGAGGCAGAGGUAGAAAACUUGGCUAACGCCAAUUAACGUAUUGAGUUUGUUAGCUAAGCUAGCUAACUGAGGGAGACCCUACUAAAGUUGUCCAACAACCCUCUAAUGGAGUUGUUGUGUCACGAGGAUGGACGAUUCCAAGCCGCCUCAGAAAGCACCCCCGAAUAUAUGAAUUCCGCUGCUCUUCGGGCCAGCUCUGACCCGACCCUGACACGGGACCAUCGAGCAUUGCAGAACCUUCUGUCACUGGAAAAGACCAGUCGGGCCUCACCAUCAUACUUCGGCACGAUUCAGACAGACAUUCAGCCAUAUAUGAGGAGAAUAUUGGCAGUAUGGAUGCUACAGGUUUGCGAGGAGCAGAAGUGUGAGGAAGAGGUGUUUCCUUUGGCCAUCCACUAUCUGGACCGUUACAUGAGUUGCUUCCCUGUUCAAAGGUCCAACCUGCAGCUUUUAGGUGCUGUUUGCAUGUUCCUGGCCUCAAAACUGCGUGAGACAGUACCCCUGAGUGCCAGCAAGCUCUGCAUCUACACUGACAAUGCCAUUACCGUGUCAGAGCUCCUGCAGUGGGAACUUUUGGUGGUGGCAGGGUUAGAGUGGGACCUGGCUUCUGUGUUACCCUCUGACUUCCUGGAGCAAAUUCUUCAUGGCAUACCCAUAAUCCCUCACAACCUCCAUGCCUUGCGCAGGCAUGUCCACUCCUACAUUGCACUGGCAGCCACAGAGUUUAAGUUCUCUGUGUUCCUGCCUUCCACUAUUGCCUGUGCCAGUGUGGGCGCUGCCAUUCGCAGACUGAAGCUCCUGGAAGGAGCUCUAUCCAAUGAUUCACUUAUGCAGUUGCUAGCCAACAUCUUGGCCAUUGAUUUGGAGUCUCUCUGCUGCUGCUCUGACCAGUUGGAGGGUGUGCUGGAGCUCAGCCUGCCCCCCUGCCCCCAGGCACCGGGGGCUUGCCAUUCAGCUACACCCGGCCCAGAGGUCAGCUACACCCCCACUGACAUCCAGGACGUACACCUGUCACCACUAGAGAUGACACCAAGCAGACAAUCACUUUAACUGCUCUCUUAACAAUGACGAGCUUAUUUAUACCGUUGUGACCAUAAUGAAGCAGGUGUCUUAACUACCCUGUAAGACUAUUUUUGGCAGUCACUAAAACAAAGAAUGUAUGUGAUAAGAAAAAACAUGUCUUAUAAGCAUUACUGUGUUCACACAUGAUGAAUUGUGGAGAUCUUGAUAUCCAAAAGGUUUUUUUCUGUUUACAUUACAUUUUACAGUGUGUUUGAGUUCUUUGUCGUUGCUAUGCUGUUGCUAAGUUAUUUUUAAGGACGUUUUAAAACUUAAGUUACUGUCGCUAGCUUCAGGGAACACAGUUUCUCACUGCUCUCUGAAGUUACCACAGAGGGGUAUCUUUUUAACUUAAAGCAUGCUAUUUGUGAUAUUGCCAGAAGUAUUACAGAAUUUCCAUUUCAAUGUUUGCACUGUGUGAGUUUGCUGAGAAUACAUUAUGAAUUAUUAUUUAAAAAAUGCUGCUUUUCAUGGAGUUGUAUUUAGUAACCCUUCUGACAUCUCUCUCAUCUUGCAAACAGUCACAAUACACCUCUAUAUCUUGGCUAAUGCCAGCAGAGUUCAAUAAGCACAAGCAAUGCCAUGCAUUGUUUCCUGGUAUCAGCGUUCUACCAUAAUCAGCCUACUAAAUCAAUAGUAAAGCCACAACUACCAUAAAUGUUCCAAAUGAGGUCAAAGACAAAAAAGGAAUCAUUCAUAUGGGUAUAGUUAAUUUCUAUUUUUUUUUAAUGAUUCACUGGGCCAAGUCAGAUCAGAGCACAAGCUGACAGAUAAGCCAGGCACUUUGGCAAACAUGGAUCAUGUCCCACUCAUGAAAAACAUAAUUGCUUAGAUUUACCUGUAUCUAUUAACAUGGCAACAUAUUUUUAUGGUUGUGUUGACAUGAGUUGGUUAACAAUUGAUAGGUCACUUAAUGGAACUGUAUGAACAUUUUGUAGUUCCUGUAUAAUACUGAGGGGGGAAAAAAAUAAUCACCUGAAUCUGUUUGAGCAUCAAAGUGUGAAUAUCUUUGUGUUUUAACCUCCUUUGUUGACCGCUCUUGUAUACUACUAAAACCAAGAGUUCUAUUUCCCUUUAUCCCUACAGUGUUAAAUAUAAAAGCAACCUAUUAAAAACCAACAAUAAGAAAUCA